UGUGUGUAUGUGUGUGAGUGUGAGAGAGAGAGUGGGCAGUACACGUCCCUCCACAGACAGAAGCACCAGUCACCACCAAGACUGCAGCCUCACCAGCUCUCCAUCUACUACCACUAGGUGGUGACCAUGACAGCCAUGGUGAAUUUGGGUUGGGUAUUUCUGCUGUUGCUGGGUGCCCAGCCUUCACUAUAUGGCAGCAGGCGUGGUGGUGGUGGUCUUGCCCACUCACUAACACCACCAGCACCACCAACACCACCAGCACCCACCACACACUCAGAUGAUGGUGUCUCCCUCACACACAAUAUAGGUAUGUUGUUGCCAGCAGGUAACAGCAGCGGUACCCGUGGCGAGGAACUGGACCAGCUGGACCACCUCUUGGCUGAACUCACACCCUGGACUGUCAAGCAAGCCUCGAAGCGCCAGUACCAGCCCCAACCCUACCAAUACCAACAGUUUCCCUCUUACUGCCCCGGCUACACUCCCAAUUGUCCCUCAGCAUGCCCUGCCAACCCUGGUUGCCCAUUAUGUCCUGUCAACCCUCCUUGCCCAGCAUGCCCUAACGUCCCUUCGUGUCCGACAUUAUCCCCACCCCCGCCAGUUCCGCCGUGUCCAACAUACUCUCCAUGUCCGGAAUGUCCGGUAACUCCAAUCAGCUGCCCUCCUGGCCCUAAAGGAUUUCCAGGUCCUCCUGGUCCAUCGUGUACAGGGCUGCCAGGGCCUCCAGGACCCCCAGGUCAUGGUAUUCCAGGGCCCCCAGGUAAUCCAGGUCUACCUGGUAGAUGCGAGUCAAGCUGCCCCUCACCUCAACCGCCCCAUAACUGUGGUAAUCAAGAUCUGUUCGCUAUCAUCAUCAGUCUUAUCUCUAACAGAAGCUGCUGUGACCACAGCUGUCCCGUGGAGCCAGAGGAGUGCCCAUGGGACAUCUCUCUGAUCGUGCCCAAGUACUUCCUUGUGAAGGAGAAGAUUGACCUCAUCGCCAAGCUCAACACCAGGAUUGACCUGCUGGUGGCUGCUAUACUACGCAUGCGCGUCGUUGUGGAUAGAGCAUAUGACAUGGUGGGUGAUGCCGGGAGUCCCGGAGACGAAGGUGAUCAUGGAGACAAAGGAGAUCAGGGUCCCACAGGUGAACCUGGCCAGUGCCCUGAAGAAACAUGUUUUGUUGGACCACCAGGCAAGCCAGGACCUACAGGGGAACCAGGAAGCCAGGGGCCCAAAGGCGAGUGCUGUUAUGGCAUACGGGGUCCUCGGGGCCACAAAGGGGUUCCUGGUAAAAGUAUUCCAGGUGUCCUAGGACCACCAGGAUUCAGGGGUGACAAGGGAGAUAUGGGACGAACUACCUGGGGCUAUGAUGCAGACGUCCUUGGAACUCUUAAUGUGCAGCAGUUUUCCUCCCUGAAUGGAUAAUGACUGUACACAGUGAUCACCCUGGGAGAUACUACCGUCCUCUCACGCAAGUGUCAGUUUUGCAUUCUGGUCAAAUUGCUGUGCAUUUUUUUAUAUUUCAUGAGAAUGUAAGAUGCUAGGUAAAGCUUACAAAUAAUCUACUCAUAUUCAGUAUCAAUAUGCACUUAUCUUUACUCUCCUGUGUACUUCUUCAUAGAUUGUUGGAAUCAUUAACACAGUGGGACACCAAGUUCAAACUUGUAUUUCUUGCAUAUUCAGAAACUUUGCUUUGAUCCGCUGAAGAGUAAAAAUAAUUGAAAUAAAGAAUA